AUGGAGGUUAUCAACGUCGACGUUCUGGUAUGUGGAGGAGGCAUGUCCGGGAUGGCAUGCGCUGCCUUUGCAGCGAAAGCAGGAGCGAAAACAUUGGUUGUUGAGAAACAGGGCGAUGUUGGCGGUUCCUCGAAUUACUCCGCGGGAAUGUUUUGGGCUCCCCAAACAUAUGACAAGCUGAGAAACUGGGUUCCAGAUGGGGAUCCAGCUUUGCAAAAGGCGUGGCUGGACGAUUACCUCCCUGCCGUACAAUGGAUGCGUGAUAAUGGGGUACCAACCGCGAAACGGUUCGACGGUAUCAUGACAAUCGGAAUUGGGUUCCCCAUUAAGAUCCCCCAUCUGCAUGGCCUUCAUAGAAAGCGAAUUCAGUCGAGCCAAACACACUCUGAGAUUCUCACCCACACAUCGGUGGCUAAGCUGAUUCAAAAGGAGCCUGGUGUACUGGGAUCGGCCGUCAUCGGUGCGAUCGUUUGCAAAAAGCUUCCCAACUCGGAAGCUGUAUACUACGAGAUCAGAGCCAAGUUGGUGGUUUUGGCAACAGGGGGGUUCCAAGGUUCCCCGGGAAUGACAUCGAAGUACUUGGGACAAGGCGGGGACAACAUCUUUGUGCGAUCCAACCGUGGAUCUGUGGGUGAUGGACUGAGACUGGCUACUGAAGCAGGCGCCGGCACUAGCAGGGGUAUGAACACCUACUAUGGCCAUUUGCUGGCGGCGCCAGUUCGAGCGGAAGACGUGGAUCCAAAGGAUUAUCUUCCACUCGCCCAAUACCAGAGCAAAUAUUGCCUGCUGUUGAACACGGCAGGAAAGCGAUUUGUCGAUGAGUCCAUGGGAGACGAAAUCAUCAAUCAGUACCUUGCCAAACAGGAAAAGCGCCGUGGAUUUAUUCUGUUCAAUGAGAAAACACGCCUCCAACACUGCCUGACUGCGUUGUUCCCCAAUGCAGGAGAUGUUGAUCGUCUGCAGAAAGCCAAGGACCAUGGCUGUAAUGUCGCAAGUGCGUCGACAUUGAGCGAACUGGUGGAUAUCCUUCGCCAGUGGGGAGUCAACGACGUACAGGCAAAACGCACCAUUGAUGAAUAUCAACGAUCAAUGCGUUUAGGCGACAAGAGCAUUGCCCUCGAUGCCCCUACCGGGCGUGGUAGCUCACCCCCGGUACCCUUGGUCGAUGGUGAAGGUCCUUUCUAUGCAAUGGAGGUCCAGCCUUCCAUCACGUUUACGUACGGUGGUAUCGCGAUCGACACGAAAGGGCAUGCCCUGACCGCCGAUAAAACCAGGAUUCCGGGGCUGCUUAUAGCAGGCGUUGACGCUGGUGGAUUCAGUAACCUCGGCUAUGCCGGGGGCCUUGCUCUUGCGUUCGUGACGGGUCUCUGGGCUGCUAGAGAGGUUUCACGCCAGUUGGGUUUGCCUGAGCCUCUCCUUCCUGCCGCCGAUGUUCGAGAUGCGGCUGAUAAACCAGUCCAGGGGCGUCUGUGA